GCAUGAUUGAUCUAUUAUAUAAGGAAGGAAAGGAAGUAGAUGUUAUAUAUGGGGGAGUAGUUCAUAACUCUAGCUUAGAUAGAGUAAAAAAACAUAUCUAGAAAAAAAAUCAAAGGAAUUAAAUGAGGAAUUAUGGCCGUUUGAUAAGCGCGAUGGCGAGUUUGAUGGUGGUGAUCUCGACAAUGAUGAUGUGUUAUGGGGCGGAAGUUGCAAGCGCGCAGCUUAGCAACGCGCAGUGCCAUGAGGAGAGAAGGAUUGGGCUGAACGCGUGCAAGGCGGUGCUGGUUGGGAGGCCUCCCUCGGCGGCUUGUUGCCAACGAGUAAGGGUGACUCAUGUUCAAUGUGUUUGCCAAGUUAUAACGCCCAAGCUGGCUGCUUAUAUCGAUCUCAAACGUGCUAUUCCUCUUAUUCAAGGCUGCGGUCGCCGUGUUCCUCGCCACUUCAAGUGUGGGAGCAUCACUACUCCAUGAGAUGAGAGGCUAUAUACAUGUGUAGGACGUUAUUGAAGAGAGGCGUUUAGACGUUUUUAUCUAUAUAUGUGUAAUAAGUGAGUGGCAUGCAUAUGAUGUCUGAUGCUUAAUAUAGGAAUAAGGAAGGAAUCAUUGUUAAAAUUAAUAGUACACAUGCAUCAAGUUAUUAAUUCAGAUCCAUUUAAUGGUGUCAAAAUAAGCUCACCUUCCAUUUUAAUUUUGAUGUUAUGUCAUCAUGACUACUUGUUCCUUAAUUAAGUUGCUGAGCUCACUACACACAGCCACUGCAUAUAUACAAUUGCAUGAAAUGAAUAAUAUCAUGAUUUAUUAAUAUUAUUCAAUAUUCAC